UGACCCUCCAUUCCUCUUCUGGUGCUCGCCGCAAGUCGUGGAAAAGUUUGGUGUCCCGGGUUGUUCCUGUGUCGGCGGAAGUGCAAACAGAACCGACGAAUGGGAAAGAGGGAGAAGAAGCAGAAACAUCAACGAAAUCAUCAUCGUGGUGUCUUCAGCUAUUGCCAAGAUGAAGAAGAUGAUAAUUUUGUCUACCAGCUCACCCAACCCUACUCUUCCUCUUCCUCGCCUCCCAGGGCUUCUCUCUCAGAUGAAGAGAAGGAGCAUGAGAUAGAAGAAGAUUAUGAUGACGACAACAAUGGUGAAAAAGAAGCUGUAAAGGACGAAACCUCAUCAGAUGACAUGCCUUCCAAGUUUCUUCUUUACCAGCAAUCUGUACAGUCUCCCAAAGGAGACAUAAGUUAUAUGCAAAAGUUCUUUCUCAUGUACGUUGGUGGAAGGAUGCCCCUCCAUCUUCAGGAAGAUUUCUGUGGCACCGCAUUUCUUAGUCUAGAGUGGCUCCGUAGUGAUCCAAGAAGGACUGCAGUAGGAUUGGAUUUGGAUCUUGAGGCACUUCAAUGGUGCAUUGAGAACAACAUACCAAAAGUUGGAGCAGAUGGAUUUUCUAGAAUAUCCCUGUUUCAUGGGAAUGUCUUGCAACCUCUUCAGUCUAAACUUGUCGUGAGCAGUCCUCAGGAGUUGAUACGUAACAUAACACUAGCAGACAAUAGAAAGAUUCUGGAUACUGGUAUUUUGGAAGCUAAAAGUGAAGCAGGCUCUACUGAUCAAGAUUAUAAGUGUAUUAAAAGAAAUGUUUCGCUGCCUGCAAGAGAUAUUGUGUGCGCUUUUAACUACAGUUGCUGCUGCCUCCAUAAACGAUCGGACCUGGUUUUGUAUUUUAGGCAGGCUCACUCUGUCUUGUCAAAUAAAGGUGGAAUCUUUGUGAUGGAUUUAUAUGGGGGUACAUCCUCAGAGAAUAAGCUUAGGCUUCAGAGGCGAUUUCCCAAUUUUACGUAUGUAUGGGAGCAAGCUGAUUUUGAUAUUAUUGAGAGGAAAACAAGGGUUAGCCUCCAUUUUCAUCUCAAGAAGCAACAAAGAAAGCUUCGCCAUGCAUUUUCCUACAACUGGAGACUGUGGACAUUGGCUGAGAUCAGGGACUGCUUAGAAGAGACUGGAUUUCAGUCUGUUCACUUUUGGCUUCGACAAAUGCCGGAUACCACUGAGAUUACAAAUACCGAGGGAUUUGGGAUGGGGAGGGGCGUUAGGUAUGAAGAGGCAACAAGUUUUCCACAACAAGACGCCUGGAAUGCCUACAUUGUAGGUGUAGCGUAGCUUCAUUUCAGGUUUACCUUUUGCUUCUUUGAAAGACUCUAUCAUGUGAAGUUGAAUCGGUUAAAAGAACUAUUGAAGUUGUGAGAUGAGACUGAACCUGAUAGUCAAGGUUUACACUCCUGAACUUAAAUUUUGCGUGUUAUUUUGAAUUAAGGUUGAGAUCAUGAGGAGAAAUUUUCUAGAGAUUCAUAAUGGUUUAUGCCAGUGUCCUCGUACUGCAUAAUAUCAGCGCUGGUAGCUCAUAUUUAGUAAUUA